UACGAUCGUCAGUCCGAAUAACGCGAUCGGCACGUACGCACACACGCGUCCCCAACGAGACAAACACGCUUCUUGCACGCAAAUCAUCACACGGCGUUUUUAGUAUAUUUUUAGCGACAACGAAUGCGCGAGCUUUUCGAUUCGAUAUACAAUCGUAAUACACAAUUGUUUUUUGUACCUCUUGACCACAGUCGUCGAUUGGCAAAGUCGUUGUUCAUUACGCGAAAUCGCCCAGUGUUACGCAUUACAUAAUAAUUUUAUUAUUUUAACAAUAAUAUUGUAUUUAAAUAUACACAUAGUAUUGUCAUAUAUAUAUUGUUAUAUAAUAAUCAAAGUGUUGUUUUGUUUUCCGAUUCGGUUUUUUUUUGCACGAAACGCGCUGAAAAUAGCCAACGGUAAAUCGAUUUAUUAUUUAUUAAAAACGAAAUAAUAAAACGAGUGCGUCGCAGAACUAUUCAAGUAAACAGAAAAGUUUGACAAUCAACGUGAAAAAUGACCAACUCGUUGUUCAACAGUGGAGAAACAGUCGCCAAGACACAAAAUCGACCGCGCGCAGUGGCCACGGAAGUGGAACAUUGGUGGCAAGAGAUGGUGUCGUCGACGGGCAGCAGCAACAGUAGCGGCAGCAACCAGGGAUCCGUGUCGUCGGAGCCCAGACGCCGCCAGGGACAGGGUCGUCGCGGUGGCAACGGAUCCGGUAAGCAACAGCAACAACAGCCUCAGCAACAGCAACUGCAGCAGGACCAACAGCAAUUGCCGCCGCAGGCACCGAUGGGUUCGCGGUACAAGACGGAAAUGUGCCGCCAGUACAUCGAGAAAAUCAAGUGCGCGUACGGCGACAAGUGUCAGUUCGCGCACGGCGAACAGGAUCUGCGCCCCGUGUUCCGGCACCCCAAGUACAAGACCGAACCGUGCCGCUCGUUCAACUCGGCCGGUUACUGCCCGUACGGUCAACGGUGCCAUUUCGUGCACAAGGGAGACGGUUACAUCCAGCCGGCGUCGCCCGCUUCGCCGCCGCUGUCCACAUCGUCGUCGUCCGGCAUCGGCAGCGACGGUGGCUCGCUGGCCGACCUCGGGCUUGGCAUGUUAGACAGCAUGUUCACGCCGCCCCAGUCGCCCGAGGGCCGAUUACCGGUGUUCAACAGGCUGUCCGGCUCUCCGCCGGCCACCGGUGACGUGUUCUCGUUCCACGUUCCGGCCACGGUCAUACCGCCGUCGCGCCGCCUCAGCGAACCAGAUUUCGGUUUCUACGGGUUCUGAGCGGCUUCCCCUCCGCCUCCCCCCCUCAUCCCAUCCAUCGCCAACCCCUCCCCCGCCCAUCGGCCGUUGCCACAUUGUUCUAAUUUUUUUUUUUUAUAUAAUAUACCAAAACGUGAUAACAGUCUUGUACAUAGUUUAAAUUAUAUUACUCGUUAAUUAAUUUAGUAUUUUUUUCUUUCUUUUUUUUUUUUUUUUACAACUAACGGCGUUCGUUUUACAGACAAUUAUAUGAUAUUAUUAUUCUGAUGUUCCGAAUUUUUAUACUUACGCUUAACUUAUGUAAUAUUAUUAUGUUGUACGUGUACUAUAUCUAUAUACAUAUAUAAUAUACACAUAUAUAUAUAUAUAUAUAUGUAUAGGUACGCUAUAUUACUACACUAUAUGUAAUCAUUCCUAUCGUAUUCGCACACACACAUAUUAUACUCGUCUUUCUCUUCCAUUUCCCCACUCGCAGACUCCUCACUCACUCUCUCCUGUAAACUACGCGCGCGCACGCGUUAUUGAAAGAAAAAGAAACCGAUAACCAUAAUAUUAUGAUACGCCCGUAACGAUUUUACACGAUUUAUUCUUAUUAAUUUUAUUAUUAUUACUUAUUAAUUACUAUACCCCCCGUAUAUUAUUAUUAUUAUUAUUAUGUUAUUUAGCAUUAGUUUUUGGUCCGCGUUAACCGGUGCACCCCGUCGUACAGCGCGGGGUGCCGUUAUUAUUUUUUUAUUAUUAUUAUUAUUAAUAUUAUUUUGACCGCGCGUAUACGGACGUGAUACGAAGUGGUCGGCGUGACCGCGUCGUCGGCGGGCCUUAAGCGUUGUACGGGGAACAUUUCUGAAGGAUAAAAAACCGGGCGGGCGCCGAGCGCGGCGGCGUUUGAUUGCGACCGGAAACUGGCCGGAAGUCGCGUUUUUCCGGAUCUGUACCGGUGUACGUGCCGUCAGACCGCUGCGCUCGGCGCCACUUGCGUUUUCCCCAGAAUUUGUCCUUUAGAACGGUACUGCCCGCGGACGACCACGCCAGUACGUACGUAUUGCGUUCGCACGCGUGCGGCGAACCAUUAUUAUUAUUAUUAUUAUUAUUAUAAUUAUUACUAUACCUACAUCAAACUGACUUCAAUGUUAUAAUUAUUAUUAUUUUUUAUUAUUAAUCCUCUUUUUAUAACUAUUAUUCAUAUAACUUUACUAAAAAAAAAAAAAAAACUAAAAAAAAUUGUAUUUAUUUAAUUAUUAUUAUUAAUAUUAUUCUAUGCGCACGCUGACCGACUCAUAACAACUUUAAUAUUAUUAUAUUAUUUAUUAUGUACAUAUAUACAUGCCUCAAUGCACCUACCAUACGCGCGCCAUCCAUUCUAUGCAAUGUAGUAACGCGUGUAAAUCUUAAGUCGUAGAUGUGUGUGUGUGUGUACACGCCGUUUUUUUUAAUGUUUCGUACAAUAAAAAAGAAAUAUUAUCAACCCGUUUUGCUGGAACUCAAAUCGAUUUAAUUUAUACAUUAUUAAUGUUUUAUGUCUGAUCCGCGUAAGUUUGUGAAAAAAAAAAAUUACGCAAUCUUUUCCAAUCCUCCUAUCGGUGUCCUGUGCAGAGUUGACUCGACUCGACUCAAACUUUUUUGUGUAUCAUGUGCUCGUCGUGUGUGACUUAUUUAUCUUUUUAUUUGUAUUCGUGUGUUAAGCUCGUAUUUACUAUACCGUAGAAUCGUAAUUUAUUAAUUUAUUAUUUUGGCAGAACGUACCUCCCCAGUCGUUCUUUUUGUACUUUUAAUAUUUUUUAAAAAAUCGAUUAUAUUGUAUUGAGUUUUUAUUUAUUUUUUUCUAUAUUUAUGUAUUUAGCCAACCCUCGUCAGCUACUCUUAUGUUGUUCUGCUAUUUGAUGUAUAACAAAAAAAUUAAUUGUCUUUGUCUUUUGGUAAUGUUGAUAAAAUAAUACCUAUUUUAUACACACAUAAUGUAUGUAUCACGUGUGUUCUAUCGAAAUUGUACUUAAUUAUUAUACCAGUGUCAUCUCGACAAACUCGUUUUGUAUUACUCUUAUUUUUAUUAUUAUUAUAUUAUUAUUAAUAUUAUAACGUGUGUUUGGUUGAUAGUGAAAACGAAAAAAGUAAUAAUAAA